GAAAAGCUCAAGACUCGGAGAGACGCGACGACGCCUAUAAAUUUGAGAACCGACCCUCUCCUUCUGCUUUCAAAAAGCAUUGCCACUUCUUUUUCUUCUCCUUCCUUCUCCUUCUUCCUCAUCUUCAUCUCCUUCUUCCCUGCCCCUCCACCAACCAACACAGAGCAACCCCAAGCAAUCAUUUUCUCUCUCCCUGUCUCGGAGAAACGGAGAUGAAAGAGAGAAGCUUUCUGGACUAGUCGUAGCAGAUCCUCUCGCUCUCGCGCCUGACUGUUCGUUCAUUCCUCCCCCCUGGAAAAUCUCGGGCCUCUCCGGUUCAGGGCAUUUGUCUUGGCACAUAGCCGAACAGAGACGGGGGAAGAGCAAUGAGAGAAGAGGCUCGCGAGAUCUCCAAGAAUUCGUGGCCGAAAGUGGUGGUCAGGAAAUGGCUGAACAUCAGGAGCGGGGCCGACGAAUUCCACUCCGAUUACGCCGCAAGAGAGAAGAGAGCAGAGAGAAGGAAGAGCUGCUCAGACCAAGGCUGCUAUGUGGUCGUGCCCCAAGGAUUUUCAGAAGGGUGGCUCGUGGAAGCGAGCGAUGGCCUUAAAGAGUCUAGCUUCGGCUGCAAAUCACCCUGGGUCGCCGAUACACUCAACCUAAGGCAAGUCUUUACAUAA